AUGAUCAACCCUCACAUCACAAUGUCCACCGACUUCAUGGACUUCUCGACUGGCGCCGGCAACGACCCAUUGUUCACCGACUUCGGAAGUCACCUCGCUAACAUGAGCUUCUCGACAGCGCUUGCGCAUCCAACCUUCCUUCAGGACUUCGAGGCUUCUACCGGCGCAACACCGCUACCCAAGUGGAUCUGUGCGCUCUACGCCUACCGCACCAAAGCCAAGAAGCCUGAGAGCCGCAUCCGCAAGACACCCAAGCCCAAGGACCGUGCGGCGGACUGCAAGAACUGGAUCAAGCGCACCAACAACUUCCCGCUUUCAGGAGGCAUCCGCAAGCGUAAGACUGAGAUCGCAAGCCCGCGCGAGCGCAAUUCCAAGUACGCAAUGCCGCGUCCACUCAACGCGCUGCAGUACCAGCGCCAUGCCAUUCAGCUUAUGUCAAGCGUGCUCAACACUCGCACCAAUGCUUCACCAUUCACCUUGGUCCUGGACGACCUCAAUCAGCGCGCCAUUCCCUUCCUCCAGGAGCUUGUCGCCCGCGCUCUCUCCCGCAACGUCACUGUCAUCAUCGUCUCCUUCGAAGGCACACGUGUCCACCCUGAUGUGCGUAAUGUUGCCGCCUAUGGUAACCGCACUGCCGCCGACACCCUAGGCAAUAUCGAGCAAGCCAUGAGUGACCGCAAAGAGUGCCUCGUCAUCAUCGACGACAUGUACGACGCCGUUGCCACCAAGAACAUCGACAUUCAGGCGCUCUUCAACCUCGUCGUCAUGAAGUACACCUCCACCCUCGUUGGAGUCUACCACACCGAUGUGCUCCCGGAGCCCUCGACCUCAGGCGUGGACGCCUAUGCCCCACCGCCGCUCGAGCUGCUGAAGUUCAUGGCCACCUCCGUCAUCACGUGCCGCUCCUUGUCGCAUGUUCUCGCCUCCAAAGCCGCCCGCGAGCGCUCCCUUCCAGAGCCGACAUUUGGAAUGCAGACCGGCGCCGAGGGCAUUGUGCAGUGCCUCAAUGCCAACGAUGGUUGCGGUAUCGUCCUCGAAGCCGAGUUCCGCCGCAAGUCUGGCCGCCCUGAGUCCGAGACGUACUACCUCCGCCCACGCCGUGGCUCUGAUUACCACCAGCCGCUGCCGACACAGCUCUACGGUACGCUGAAGCAAGAAUACGUCAUUCUACUUGACCAGCACCCUGCGUAUGCGAACAGUGAGCUUGUCGGCAUGGUAGCCGCUGCGAAUGACGAGAUGGAGACGUCGUUCAACCUGGCCUUGACGGACAAGCAAAAGGCAGCACGCGAGGGUGUUGUCCUUCCUUAUUUCGAUGCACAGAAGGGUGAGGGCGGCGAGGGCGGUCGCAUCCUCUACGACAUGGGUGAGGAGGACGACUUUGACGAGGAAGAGGAUGAGAUCUGA